ACCCCAAAACACGUGCAUGCGCUGACCGGUUUGUUCUUUUGCAAGUCUUCCCUUCUCCCCUGUGAACAUGACACACAGCCUGGACGCUGAAGAGUCUGGUUUGUUUCUAAAAGUGUGCAGCAUCGAAACAACAAGGCAGAUUAACAUAACAUCUAAAGCUUUUACAGAGACUACAUAUUUUAAUCGUAAAGACAGCAGAAAGACCCGGCAGAAAAGGAUGGGAGAAAGAGAGGACAAUCAGAGAGGGGAAAGGAUUAGCACAGAAGAAAACAGGAUGAGGGCGCAAGGUUUGGACUUAGGACAAAAGAAACAGCAAGACCUUUAUCUGGCCUCUCUAACAAAACAGCAGCUGAUAAUGAUAUCUGUGGCUGUUGGACUUGUCCUCCUGCUGAUUGUCAUAACUGUCACAGCAGUGUUGCUCACCACAAAGUCAGAUUCCUCAGCUCCUCUUCCCUUGUUUUCCACUGGUGGAGACAUGCUGGACUUCCUGGUUCAGUCGGGUCACAUCAGCAAACCUGACGGUCUGUUGGCUACCUGGUUUCACAGAGCCAACAGCAAGAAGGAAAUGAACAAAGCUCUCGCAAGUGAUGUUAUGAUCCUGGAGUCUGAUGUCACUGUGGAGGGUCAUGGGACACCCAAUGAGAAGCCAGUCCCUAUCAUGGCCCACCCCCCUGACAUCUAUAGUGACAACACUCUGGACCAAUGGCUGGAUGCUGUACUGGCCUCUAGAAAAGGCAUGAAGUUGGAUUUUAAGUCUUUGGCAUCAGUGGGUUUGUCAUUGGACCUGCUAAGUGGAAAGAACAGUAGCAGAGGGAUAAACAGGCCUGUGUGGCUUAAUGCCGACGUCCUCCGAGGACCCAACGUACCAAACUUCCUGCCUCCAGUCAAUGGAACCAGAUUUCUGCAGCUGAUUCAGGAGAAGUUUCCAGACGUCACUUUGUCUCCUGGAUGGAAGGUAGCCUAUGCUCCUCCACUUUUCAUUAAAACCUAUACCAGGUCCAUGGUGGAAGACAUGUAUGAUAUGAUCAAAGAUGUCCCGCAAAAGGUGACGUUCCCAGUCCACGCCCUGUUGGUCCGCAGUGGCUGGCAGCACAUCAGCUGGCUCCUCAGCCAGUCACCACGGUUCAGUCUGACACUGUGGCAGGGUUCGAUUCACCCGAACAUCAGUGACCUGCUGUUCAUACGGGACAACACUCAACCCACCAGAGUCUACUACGAUAUCUAUGAACCAACGCUGUCUGCCUUUAAACAGGCUGCAAUGCAGCGGGGCCGUCUGAGGCGGUUCUAUCCUGGAGGAGACCUGAUGGACUUCCUCUAUCCAGUUCACAGCUCAGAUACCAACUUCCUGUCCGCAUCCACACAACCCAACAGCCUGGGCAUCCAUUGGUUUACAGUCACUGAUCAGACCUCCCUGUUAGCUCAGCUUUCAGAUGGUGCUGGCGGCAUGUUGGUGGUUCGGGUGGCUUCUGACAGCAACCGGCCUGAAGUCCCUCUGGUGGAAGGUUCUGCAAAUCGCUCAGAGGCCCUCACACUGCAGGAUGUCCUGCAGCUGCUUGGGAAAAGGGCGGAUGUACCCUGGGGUGUUCACCUUCGGAUCCACACUCAACAGCUUCUGGAAGCUUCUCUUGAACUGCUGCACUCAGCCUACAGCAGAGAGAAGCUCUACAGGCCUGUCUGGAUCAGCAUGGAGGGUUUACAGAGCACUGACAACACAAAGGAGUUUGUAUCCACAGUAGAGAGGCUGUUCCCUUACGUCACCCUCGUCCUGACGGAGCAGAACUGGCCUCCUCUGAUCCCGGCGACAGUGACGGGCUUGUCUCAGAGAGCGGCUCUACAUCUGAACACGGCCUUGCUGCCCGAAGGACAGGAUGCGCUUAACUCGCUAAUGGGAAUGAUGGAUAGAUAUGACCUGUUAGUGGAGGAGGACACAGAAAGCAGUGCUGGAGCUUUUACAGCCUUCAAAGGACUUAUGGCCCAACGUACAGGGAGAUCAACCACAAACCUGUAUCUGAUUUCUGACUGAGUAGAUCUAUCUAUCUUCAGAGUGUGAUACUCAGUCAGAGCCUAAAUGAUAAAUUGGAGGGCUAAUUUUUUCACCUGAUAUUGGCUCAUCACUGAUCAAUUUCUUGUUCAUAAUGCAAUAAAAGCGGUUGGUUGUAUUGUCUUGCACUGAAAGAAAAUAAAAUGUAGGAACACUCUG